AGAUGGCGGCUGGCGGUGUGGUUGCUAAGUACAGCAGCUUGAUAGCACUUGCAUUUGCCAUUUACGAAACGCGAAAUAAAUUUGCCGAGGGAGUGAUAUGAGUGCGUGUCGGGCAGUAACAUGAUUUAUUUGCUUUUUUAGGUCUGUCAUGUGAGGCCAGGGUCAAUCUUGCCUGUGGGGUGCAGAGACUGGUGGGAUCUCGGCCUUUAAUGUAGAUUUCAUGAAAUCUCCUUUGAUCGAGGCAUGGCACCCUUCCAAAAACCUAUAUGGUGAAGAUCAGACUUUGAUAGUCAAGACCCAGAUUAACACUUAAAGAUGGCAACGAUAGAUGGAGAUCUGCAAUCAGAUUGUAACUAUGAGUUGCGCGAUUUAAGACAGAAAGUUAUAAACCUGGAGGAAGAAUUAACUGACUGUAAAAAUCAGCUUUUGGCCUUACAGAAAGAGCUAACUCAUACUGAGGUCCUAUAUAACGAUGCAAAGUGUUGCAAUGAAGAGCUUUACAAACAGGUUAACGAUCUUAGUGAAAAACUCCAUGAAAGAAAAAAGAAAAAAAAUAAUAAAACUGAAGUUGAAGUUCAGACAGAUCUUUGCUUUACAAAUGAGCACAGAGACUUUCAGAAAGAAGAUCUUGAUUUUCAUUACCAUCUGAAAAGUGAUCAGAAUGAUGAGUGGCAAGUAUCAGGGCUUUCAGAGGAUUCUGCUCCAGUGUUAGCUCAAUCUCAAACACAACCACAAACGGACUGCUCCCAGUACUCUGACGCCAUUCAGACAGAUAGUUAUCAGUGCACGGAUUAUCCUGAUGAAUUAGCACUACCAGAUGGAUCUGGAGACCAUAUGAAUGGGGAUGAAACUACAGGGGACUCAAAGAAUAUAUCUCUGGCAGAGAGUUUACGUGUUACUGCAGAAGCUGCUAUGUCACAGACGGGCUUCAUGUACGAUGAAAGUAGUGGGUUGUAUUAUGAUUACAGUACUGGGUUCUACUACGAUUCGACAAAUCAGCUCUACUAUGAUCCAAACACUGGAAUUUACUAUUAUUAUGAUGCUGGGAGCGGCCUCUACCAGUUUCAUUCUCGAGUGGAUCUACUUACAUAUCAAACAGCAGAUACAGAGAAAAAGGUUAAGAAAAAACGAAAGGGAGUAGAAAAGUUAGAGCUAAAGGAAGAAAAGGAUAUUGAAGCUGAAACGUUGAAUUGCGGGUUUUGGGACCUGAAAGACAAUGAGUUACCAUCAGCAGAAAAACGAAAGAAAACAAAAAUGGUGGAUAUUGAUCAGAGUUCCUCCAAUGGACUCAAUUCAAAUCUAGGCCUGAGUAUUCAAGGUGAAGAGGAUGUUGAAGUAAAGCUGGAAGAAGAAGAGGAGGCUGGAUUUGCAAGUGAACCAGAGGAAGGAGAAAUCACAGAUUCUGAGAAAAGCAGUUUUAUAGAUGAAGAGACAGAAGAGUCAAGUGAAAGUGAAGAUGAUUUUAUGAAUGAGGGUCAUCUGUGGCCUCCAUGUAUCCGAGUGAUGGUAGUGCGAUCACCAGUCCUGGCACCUGGUACACUGUUCAUUAUCACUGCAGAAAAGUCAGCAACUAUUGGAAGAGAGAAAGAUAUGGGCCAUGCCAUCAGAAUAGCUGAACUGGGAGUUAGUAAGUUCCAUGCUGAAGUAUAUUUUGAUCAAGAUCUGCAAAAGUACAUGCUUGUAGACAAGGGGAGCCAAAACGGGACUGUUGUCAAUGGGAACAGGAUCCUUGCUGUAAAAAAUGAAUGUGAUCCCCAUGGAUUGGAACAUGGUGAUGAAGUAAAAUUUGGGGAAACAGUAUUAUCAUUCCAUAUCCAUCCUGGAACUGAAACAUGUAAUGGCUGUGAACCAGGCCAGGUUAUAGCUCACCUGCGCCUCAACAAAAAAGAAGAAUCUGUAGCUGUUCCAGUGCUGAGCAAGGAGGAGAAAGAUAAGCUACGGCGUCAUGAGUUAAAACAGAUUCAGGUCAAGUAUGGAUUACAGAACAGUGCAUAUGAAAGAGGUAAAUCAAUGAAGAAUUUGAUAUAUAAGGAUCGAGCUGCAAAACGUAGGCAGGAGAUUGGAAGUGAUGGCAUUUUCAAAAGAGAUGAUGCUCCUGCUUCAAUCCAUAUGGAAAUCUGUGAUGACAACAAAGGACGAAAAAUGUUGGAAAAGAUGGGCUGGAAGAAAGGAGAAGGACUUGGUAAAGGAAGCUGUGGAAUUAAAGAGCCGAUUCAAGUUCAACUUCAUCAGUCACAAUCAGGCCUGGGGGCUAAAAUACCACUUUCAAUUGAAGAUGCACAACUAUACAGCUCCAAAAACCACAAGAACUGGGCCAAAGCCAGAGCAAGAUUUUCAGAAGCCUUCCAACAGACUACAAGUCAAAAGGAAGCAGAUACAAAAAUAGGUGCAAAAGCUGAGUGUAAAAGGAGGGAGCCAGAAGAUUCUACAAUUUGAAUUUUCCAAUUUUUUUAAAAUAAAAUGUAGACACUAACCCUGCUUUAAAGUGUGAUUUUAAACAAUGUCUCAAUUUCCAGUAAAUCACUGCUCUAAUUGAAAUGGAGUAUUGUACAUCUUCAUUCAAAAUGAGGACAGAUAUUCUUGUAAUGAGAUAGAAAUAUUUGUUCUGUAUCUUGCAACUGGUCAUUUGUAUCUUCACAUCCUUCAACCAAAGCUUGAAUGUUCUUUGAAGAGAUGUUUUCUCAAACUUGGGUAGGAAAGGCUGAAGGUUGGUUAAGAUGAUAUCUCUUGGAAUUCUCAAAGAUCUACCUUACCCUUAUCAACAAUAAAAUGAUAUAAGUACACUUGAUAGACUUAAACAAUAAACAAAGAUCAAGGUGUGCAGCCUGAUCUAAACUAGUAAUUUAAUACCCAAUUGAAAAGUUUCCUCUGCUCUUAAAUUAAAUCGGGUGGAAAUAUUUUAUCAUAAUUGGAAAAUUAAUAAUAAAUUAGACAGCAUCAGGAAUAAUCAUGUAACUCAUCAGAAACCUUAUGCUGGACAAGGUUAAUCUGCAAGACAAUUAGUACACAUAACAUUCCCGAUUGUCUCACCAAAGCCUCUUGUAAUCAAGAUAACUUUCCUCCUCUACAUAAAUCCUCUCGCAGAAGGCCUUUUUUUGAUUGCCACAUUGAAUAUCAACCUCAUUCUGUCUGGGUAACCUCCAACCCAACAAGCAUGAAUAGCAAUUUCUUUAACUUACAGAAAUUUCUCUCCCCCCUGUCCCUGUCUACUUCCAUUCUCCAUUCUGACUCCCUUCUUCCCAGCUGCCCCUCCUUCUCCUAUUAUCCACCCUCUUAAUUUCUUCUUCUUCAGCCCUGUACCUUUUCCACCUCCUAGCUUCUCACUUCAGUCUCACCUGGCUACACCUAUCACCUGCCAGCUUGUACUCCUUCCACUCCACAUACUGCCUUAUUCUGGCUUCUUCCCCCUUCCUUUCCAAGUCCUGAUUAAGGUUUCAGCUUGAAACAUCCUCUCCAUAGAUACUGCUUGACCUGUUGAGUUCCUCCAACAUUUGUAUGUUACUUUAAAAAGUAUUAAAGUUUUUCACACCAGAAUAUGUCCACAUUACUCUCCACUUGGACUUACUUCCUUCAAGUCUUAAUACAUCUUCCUCCCAAUUUAAUUUUCCCUUGAUGUUUGUAUUGACAAACGAGGAAAUUAUUUAAAGCAUUCAUGAAAAGGUAUAGGAAUCACUGGCCCAGUCAAAGAAAAAGAGCAUUUUGGUAUGCACUGAGUUUACCUGAAAAUAAAGUAACCUGCCUCCUGCAAAGCUAUGUACGUACAGCACCUACCUCGAACUUCUUGCUGCAACUACUAGGACGAGUGUGGAAGUCCUUAUUGAUAUUAAAGGAUCCAA